AUGAAGGCGUGGCAGUCGCCACCGCAGAGGGGACUGGACCAGGGGACGUCGAAGCUUGCAGUCAGGGGACUGUGCUGCACUCACUGGUCGUUUUCGGUGCGUGCACUUCAUCUGGACGAGACAGUGGACCCUGACGGUGAAAACGCCAGUGUGUGCUCCUUGCACUUGGCUUCUCAGCUGCCAACAACGUCAACUUGGGUAUGCAUCGUACACCGCGACUUCCAGCCAUCUCUGCAUAGCCUGGAGAUUUGCCCAGGCACCUUCAUGAAAACACCAGGCUAUUGUGUCGCCGUGCUGGACUCGGGUCUCUAG